AUGCCCCCGCUGCCCGGCACUGUGGGCCUGGCAGGUCUGCUCUUCUGGGCAGGCCAGACAAUGAACGCCUUGAUGCCCAAUGCUACCCUGGCACUGGCUCAGACCAAGGGCACAGCUGUGAGGCCCCCAAGUGGCCUGGGGGUGCCCCGGUACCGGCGGAAGCGCCACAUCUCUGCCCGGGACAUGAGUGCCUUAUUGGAUUAUCACAACCACAUCCGGGCCAGCGUGCACCCACCUGCUGCCAACAUGGAGUAUAUGGUCUGGGACGAGCGGCUGGCUAGGUCAGCUGAGGCCUGGGCCUCCCAGUGCAUUUGGGCCCACGGGCCCUCACAGCUGAUGAGAUACGUGGGCCAGAACCUGUCUGUCCGUUCUGGCCGGUACCGCUCGGUGGUGGAUCUUGUGAAGUCUUGGUCAGAGGAGAAGCGGCAUUACUUGUUUCCAGCCCCGAAGGACUGUACCCCGCACUGCCCCUGGCGCUGCCGUGGCCCCGUCUGCUCCCACUACACCCAGAUGGUGUGGGCAUCUUCCAAUCGGCUGGGCUGUGCCAUCCACACCUGUGGCAGCAUCCGUGUCUGGGGCAGCACCUGGCACCAGGCUGUGUACCUGGUCUGCAACUACGCCAUUAAGGGUAACUGGGUUGGCGAGGCGCCGUACAAGACGGGGAGGCCGUGUUCCGCCUGCCCCCCCAUCUACCAAGGCAGCUGCAGCAGCAAUAUGUGCUUCUCAAGACACAAGUCCAACAAACUCCUGUGGUUCUGAAUUUUCCCUGGGCUCUGGCAGGCCUCCAGCUGGGCCUGAUGCUCUUCCCCAAGACGGGGUCUUCCCCAAGACCCUUCCCCAAGACGGGGUCAAGGAAUACUCUUUCAAGGACGUGAGUUGGGCUCACUGCAUCAGCCUGAAUCUUCCCUCCUGCUUCCAUUUCCUAAACGUCCAGCAUGUGCCAGAAGAAAACAGCCUCCUUGCUUUCCUUCUUACCUGUUACAUCUUUUUCUCCUCCGGCCUCCGGGAAAGAGGCCUGCCUCCUCAACUGACUCAGUUCUCAGAGAGCCAGGGCUGGAAGAAGCAGAGGCAGCAGCUUUUGGACUCUCAGGCCUCCAACCCGCAAGUCUUUGUGUAUCCAAUAAACUACCUUCAUUUGUUCAAUAAUAGCCAACCAGCUUCUGGGCCGUCUUUGCAGACCAGUGGUCUCCCUCUCUGAUUUGGGACCAUUUCAGUUACAGGCUUUUACAAAAUACCUGUAGUUGGCUUGUGGACACCCCACCCCCAGUGUACGUUGCUGAAGCCACCGCAGGGUCCAGGCACCCUUUCCACAGGUUUAAUCAGGCUUAGCGAAAGGGCGUGACUUACUGAAGCUGCACGGCUUGUCUGGGAAGGCACCCAGCUUGAAGCUCAGGCUCCGACAUCUCCUUCAGGCUGUUCUAGACACCUCUCUGAAUGCUCAGAACUGACCAGCUAAAAGCAAAGCUCGCCUGAAAGAAUUCUCUCUUUUAAGAUUUUUUUUUUUUCUUCCUGUGGCU